AUGUCGUCCACUUACCAAAAAGUCGUCCUCGCCAAGCGGCCUACUGCUGACAUCGUUCCUGGUGAAACGUUCCGCCUGGAACGAGAUUCGGUUCCUCGCGAAUCGGAUCUCAAGGAUGGAGAGGUGUUGCUGGAGGCGAGGUACCUGUCGCUCGAUCCCGCCAUGCGUGGGUGGCUAAGAGAUGCACGAAGCUAUAUACCGCCCGUGCAGCUCAAUGAGGUAAUGCGAGGGCAGGUCAUCGGCGUUGUCAAGGCGAGCAAGUCAAAGAAGUUCCCCGUGGGAAGCAUCGCGACUGGCACGACUGGCUGGGCAGAGCUAGCGGUUUCAAAGGACAAACACCUCGAGAAGGUGAUUCUCCCCAAAAACGGCCGCCUGACUGAUGCUCUGAGUGUACUUGGCACAACGGGCCUAACAGCCUAUUUUGGUAUUCUCGAUGUCGGCAAGGUGAAGGCCGGCGACUUUGUCGUGGUGUCUGGUGCCGCGGGCGCCACUGGUUCAGUCGUCGGCCAGAUAGCCAAACUCAAGGGUGCAACAGUGCUCGGCAUCGCUGGCAGCGACGACAAAUGCCAAUGGCUGAAAGAGCUGGGAUUCGACGACGCACUCAACUACAAGGACAAAGAUUUUGCUGCCAAGUUCCGGAAAGCCACCAAACCACUCAUCGAUGUCUUUUUCGACAAUGUUGGAGGCGAAGUCCUUGACUUGGCUUUGUCCCGCGCAAAGGCGCACGCAAGAUUCGUCAUGUGUGGUGGUAUCAGCCAGUAUAACACCGACAAGCCGCAAGGUCCGAAGAACUAUCUCAUGAUCGUUGCCAUGCGGAUACGAAUGGAAGGCUUUAUUGUCUUCGACUAUGCCAAGGAGUACCCGCGAGCGCUGCGGGAACUGGCGCAGUGGCUCGAGGAGGGCAAGAUCAAUCGGGGAGAAACCAUCAUCAAGGGCGGACUGGGCAAGGCAGAACAGGCCCUCAUCGACCUCUAUAAAGGCGUCAAUACGGGCAAGCUGCUUGUCGAGAUCAAGGACGGAGGAGACGAAGAGAGGCUCAGGGCAAAUCUUUGA